AUGAGAAGUAGCGGACUCACCCUCUUGUCCGCCGCCACUCCUCUCUUCCCCUCCUCCCUUCUCCUCCAACGCCUCUGCUCCCACUCCCUCCCCCUAAGAAACCCCACCCGACUCUCCUCCUCUGCCACCGCCACCGCCACCGCCGCCAUGGCCGCCAGAGUCCCUCCGGCGAUGGAAUCCCCUCCGCCGCCCGUUUCCAAGGUAACGACGCUCGAUUUCCCCUCGGCCUCCCAUUUCCGUCCGCCAUCUUCACGAACGGCCGCGCCUCCAUCUCUACCAUCUCCAGUUCAGCAUCGCGCUGUGCCAACUGACGGUGACCGCGGACAAGGAGAGGAACAUCGCCCACGCCCGCCGAGCCAUCGAAGACGCCGCCGACAAGGGCGCCCUUCUCGUACUCCUCCCGGUGAUUCCCCUCCUCCAAUUCCUCAGAUCCAUCCGCCGUGAAUCGAUCGAACGGCGGAUUGAUUGAUUCUCCCCCCAACUGGAGUAGGAGAUCUGGAACAGCCCCUACUCGAACGAGUCCUUCCCCUUGUACGCGGAGGACAUCGAGGCUGCCGGCGGCGCCGCCUCCCCUUCGCUGGCGAUGCUCUCCGACGUCGCCCGCCGGAAGCGCAUCACGAUCGUCGGCGGCUCGUUUCCAGAGCGCUCCGGCGAUCGUAUAUACAACACCUGCUGUGUCGUAGGGCCAGACGGGGAGCUCAAAGGGAAGCACAGGAAGGUGAAGUAUUAUCAUCAUCAUUAUUAGUAUUCAUCUAUCGGGGAAGCUCCAGGGUCAACCACUCGUUGACACUCGUGGCCUAUUUUCUGGGGCUAAAAAAUGAGAAAAAACUGGCAUCUGGGUCUGGUUUUUUUUUUUCUUUUUUUGGCAGAUUCAUCUCUUCGACAUUGACAUCCCUGGGAAAAUCACAUUCAAGGAGUCGAAGACGCUGACAGCCGGGGAAAAUCCCACCAUCAUUGACACAGGUUCGAGACGUUCGCUGACUAAUCACCCGUUGACUACUGAGGAUCUGUAGAAAUAAUUAGAUGGAGUGUAUGUAAGACAAAAAUAGCGCACCCAUUUGUUCUACGAGAGGUGGGCAGCUCAUAGGCUUGUGAUAUUGAAGCUAACCUAUGUCAAAUUCUUGCCUUCCGCUACUUAUUUCUACUGGAAAACUCAGAUUUUUAUGGAACAGAGUCCACGACACGCUGUGGCUGACUGCUGAACUCUUUGGAUGCAGAUGUUGGGCGCAUCGGGGUGGGCAUUUGCUACGACAUUCGAUUCCAGGAGUUGGCAAUGUUGUACGCAGCACGAGGUUUUACUCUACACAGUUGCCCUAGUUUUGUCUCCGUCUCAAGUAGCCCCCGCAUGGAAAGAAAUAGCUGAGACCCUGUGACAGCCCCCUAUAGGAAAACUAAUCGGGUGGCUCGUAUGUGAAAAUUGAAGGCGUUCAGGGAGGGGAGAGAGAGAGAGAGAGAGAGAGAGAGACUUGUGGGCCUAUCUCUGCACCAACAUUAAGGCAUAGAGAUUUGUGUAUUUAUCAGGUGCCCAUUUGCUCUGCUAUCCUGGAGCAUUUAACAUGACGACUGGCCCUCUACACUGGGAACUGCUGCAGAGAGCAAGGUAAGACUCUCCCUGACCUCAUUCCUCCCAGUUGGAAACUAGGACAUGAAAUGGCACACAAAGAAAUUCACUACGAGAUUAAUAUUCAAAUAGCGACAAUUUUGUACCUCUCUCUCUUUUAACUUGUUGAGGCAUUCCUUGUGAGGGAAUGGAGUCAAUUCUUUCUCCUCCGCUCAGCUCCUUUCAUACCUUUGCAGAGCCAAACACCCCUGUCUGAAAUUUUUAAAGGGUCUAUUGCCCUAGCCCCUCUCUCUCUCUCUCUCUCUCUCUCUCUCUCUCUCUCUCUCACUAGAAACCUCAACUUAGGGCAAGCUCUUAGUUUACUGUCCAUCAUGCAAUAUGGCAAUGCUUUUCUAUCACCAACUUUCGUGUUUUAUUAUUAGUUUAUGCUGGGGGGGGGGGGGUUUACUGAUAAGUUAUUUAUUUCUUUCUUAUUUCUCAGGGCUGCGGAUAAUCAGGUAAUUCUUUCAAGACACGUCCUACUGCCAAUUUUACAUCGAGGCCAAUAAUUUGUGAGAGUAUACCUAACAACUUUCUUCAAACAAAUCAAUCAAUCCACCGAAAAACAUUAGGAAACCGAAACUGUCCCAUUUUGGAGGAGGAGGGAGGAGGGAGGAGGGAGGAGUCCCACCAAGAUAAGUUCUAGUGGAAUGGAAAGGCCCUCCUUUACAUUUGCCGCCUCCCCCAGAUAGGAAAAUAGACCGGCCAAGUCAAAGUUCCCUAAGAUUAUUUAUCCUAGCUGGAGAGCCACUCUGACGUGUUCUCUGUUCUGUCAAAUCAUCAAGAAGGGUUUGUGGACCCGGGGUGGAAUUCCCUGGACUCAUUCAGCUGGGCGUAUGUGAUUUUCCUUUGACAGCUCUACGUGGCCACUUGUUCACCUGCACGGGACCCUAGUGCUGGCUAUGUUGCUUGGGGCCACUCCACUCUUGUUGGACCUGUGAGUACAACUAUUCACUUAUUCUUUUAUUUUAUUUUAUUUUAUUUUAUUUUAUUUUAUUUUAUUUUUAUGGACCUUGUGCAGACAGAAUAUCAAUCAUUUACAUAAAAUGAUUGACUGGACAUAUACUUUUAUCUUCAUUAGUUAUGUGCUAUAGUUCCUCACACUUGAGUGAGCAAGACUGUCAGUGGGCCUGGUCAACUUUUUUUAUUUUCCUUGACUUAGCCUCAAUAUCUAGUCUAGGAAAGAAACAGGCCCAGCCCACCAAGUUUGUGGCCCAUUUGCUACUCCCCCUAGUUGCCAGCUUUCUCAGAUGGAAGGAAUGAAUGAAUAGAAACCACUCAUUUCUCUGUGUUCUAUUUGCCAUACAGUUUGGAGAGGUGCUGGCCACCACAGGGCACGAAGAGACGACGAUCAUAGCGGAGAUUGACUAUUCACUAAUAGAACUAAGAAGGUGGAAGGAAGACCACUACCUCCAAGUAGAACAAUAUGAUGGUCGUCCACUUUCUAUUCAAUAGAUGCUGAUUAAUCUACGUAUUCAUCUAUAAUGCAGGUCGAGCCUCCCCCUCAGGAACCAGCGGCGAGGGGACCUCUACCAGUUGGUCGAUGUCCAGAGGCUGAAUUCCCAGUAG